GAUCGUGCCGUGUGGCGCAGCGUGUGGCGCAUGGUCGAGCGCCACGCGGGCCAGGUGCCCAUCCAGGAGCUGUACCGACCCGCCCACCUGGCACAGGUGGCCCGCGGGAGAGCCGUGGUGUUGUCGGACCGCACCAGCUUUCGCUACGUGGUAGGCCGCAGCUGUGCGCGUUACCCGCAAGCGCAGUUCUACGUGGCCCGCGAACCUAUCAACACUCUCUCGUUCGGACUGUACGUCAACGCGCGGCUCGACCCACGUUUCCGCCGCGCUCUGGACCAGAGGCUUGGCUGGCUUCGCGAGUCUGGCCUGAUGGGCCUGUGGACAGAGCGCAUGCUUCCCGACUGGGGACGCUGCGCGCAGCGACAGAGGGGCUUCCAGCCGUUGGGGCUGAAGGACGUGCACGCCACCCUGGUGUCUGCUGCGCUGUUGGGUACGGUGAUGCCAUUCCUGGCGCUGGUGGCCGAAAUGCGCAUCGGUCGCCGGCGGCAGCCGCCGAGACUUCGGCGUACGAGACGUGGUCACUUGUGGAAGUAGCUUAUUCAUGGACACUCGUCGUGCACGUGAAGAGCACGUAGCUUGCACAUAACUGUGACAGCGCAUAUAGAUGAUGUAGCAGUCAUAGUGCGCUAUGCAGGAG